UUCCAGUCCCAAAAUGCUCCGUGUCUGAGCGCAAACAAGAGCGCAGCGCUGUAACCCGAGGCGCGGAGGCUUCGCAGAGAACAAAGUGGAAAUGACAGACUGAGGAGGACCGACGGAUUUUCCCCCGUCAGCGCACAACUACAGACAUCUCAUGCCGACGAUGAAAAAAUGGCAUCUGGAAGAGAACCGCCUUUCCGUCGUGUUGGUAGUCUAAUGCGGAGUAAAUCUGAGGGGACACUGAUUGACCUGGAUGAUAAUGUCUCAACAAGCAAUGGAGUCCCACAGAACUCUGAGUGGCCACCACUACAGUCAGAAAGUGCUCAACUGUCGCAGACAAACAAUCCCUUCUGGAACAAGCUCUCCGGAUCAAACCCUUUCUUAGAUGAUAUUGUACGCGGCAGCACAGACAAACACAUUGCCAACACAUCCGCCGUAAUACAAGACAACAAGAAACACGUGGACACAAAUAACGGUGACGCCAUUAGCACGUCCUCAGAUGAAGGCAAUGUGGGGAGCUUUUUGGAGAACAAACACAAAGUCACCAACAGAUCUGGAAGAUGGAGGAGUGCUUCGGACAUCUUGGAUGCUCUGGAGAGAAAAGAGCCGAAACAUGAGGACAGUUUCAAAAUGCCCGGGCCUGUGCUGAAUCCAGACUUUGAGUGGCUGAAGAAUGACAGAGAGGCCUAUAAGAUGGCCUGGCUGAGCCACCGGCAGUUAACCCGCUCAUGUCUGGACUUAAAUGUGAUGAGCCACAGUCCUGGAUGGGCUCAGACCCAGGCCUCUGGCUUUCAGGUUAUAUGCAAGAUCGGUCACACGGGAGGAUCGGUCCAGUUACCGGACUCAGGAGUUAGUAUUCAUAUACCAGAAGGCCAUGUUCCACCUGGAGAAGUCCAGGAAGUGACACUGAAAGCAAUGUUAGACCCUCCUCCUGGACUCAACAACAACUACACGACGACCAUGAGUCCGCUGCUCGAGGUGGUUCUCAGCCACAUCAACACAAAGGCGAGCAUCUCCCUGGAGGUGAAACUGUCUGGAGAGGUGAAGAGUGACCCGCUGAGUCAGACGAUGACCACUGUGGCCGGACUCGUGUCCAACAAAAGAGAGGGGCCAUAUCAGAAAGUGGACGACUGUUACAUUUACAAGAACAUGAUGCAGAUGAAGCUCCAGAACUUGAAAACGCAUUUUUAUGUGAUCGCAGUGGCAGAAGCCUCUGCAGUUCAGUCACCUGCCACAUCAGUAUGGGAUUACCUUGACCGCCAAAUCACUGUGGCAGUUUAUGGACCCAGGUUCAUCCAUCCAUCAUUCAAAGUUGUAAUAGUGGUUUGCUGUCAUGAGGAUAUUCCACCAAAGCUACCUUUUUCAGAUGUAUGCAGAGGCAACAAAAACCUGCCUCCUCUCGUGUUGCAGCUGUGGGGAAAACGCCGAUUUAAACCGGACAAACUGAGGGACCUGCAUGUCAGCGUUAGCGUCACAGGCUCAUUGUUUAAAAUCAAACCCGAGGACAAACUGAAAGAAGUGAGGCAGAGCCAGCUCAAAAUAGGGACAGUUUUAAAACUGCCAAUUGCAGUAUCUUGCCCUGGUAAUACAGAAAUGUCCCCCUUUAAAUUAGAUCUACACGUGAAGGAAUCAAACAGUGCGACUGCUGCACAUUUCCAGCUGUCCUCCCCUCCUGCACCACCCACCCGAGCAGAAAAGCGAGUGUCAAGGCAGCUAGAAAGACUGCCUGAAAUACCACGAGCCUCACCCAUUCCCGAGGAAAAUGUUCCAGAUUUACCUACGUUUCAAGACAAACCCGUGAGGCUGCAGUGGUAUGGUGUAGCCCUUAAAUCAGUUCUCCGUCAGCCACGCGUAGACUACCUUCUGGAGUACUUCAAGGGGGACACUGUUGCUCUCCUUUCAAGGGAGACCGUUAGGUCAGUGGGCAACACAAAAGUCAAAGAGUGGUAUAUUGGAUUUCUGCGAGGCAGGACUGGGUUGAUUCACUGCAAAAACAUCAAGCUCAUCACCAGAGACCAGGUGAUCGACUUCACCGGCAUUCAGAUCACCACCGAGGUCCUCUUGGACAACAUGACGCUGCCCUUCAAGAAGCUCACCUACAUGUACUCUGCCAUCCAGACACUGGUCACAGAGCACAUCAGCAGCUGGAGAGCUUUCGCUAAUGCUUUGGGCUACAGCGGCCUGUCACUGGACGCCAUCACAUGGAGGCAGCCAGAGAGCGAAGGUGAUAAGGUGGCCUGUGUUCUGGAAAAGCUGAAGGAAGACUGUCACACUGAGCGGGGCAGGAGGAAGUUUUUGCACGAGCUCAUGGUGGGCCUGCUUAAGAUGGACUCUGUGAAUGUAGCAGCUCAGCUGAUUCAGAACACCGUCAUCCUGUCCACCGCCGUGGAGCUCGGGGUUCGUUGGCGGGAGCUCGCCGAGAAGAUGGGAAAACUCUCCAGUGCUCAGAUAGCAGGCUAUGAGUCACCGCACCGAGGGAAAAAUGGAGACAUCGGUGCUCAGUGCAUGUGGAAGCCGGCCUAUGACUUCCUGUACUCCUGGAGUCUGAAUAAUGGAGACAGCUACAGAGACUUGAUCCAGGACCUGCACCUGGUUCUGGACAAAAUGAAAAACCCCGUUACCAGACAGUGGAGGCAGCUGACCGGUGCCCUCAUCACAGUGAACUGCCUCGAUAUCUUUCGAGGCUCUGCGUACCCAAAAAGCUAAAAAGCGCAUUCGCAGAGGCGCUCUAGUGAUGACGUCAACCUCCACGCACUUGGUAAUGACAAAGAGACGGACAAAGAGAGGGUUUGUUACGCCACAGAUAAAGAUGUUACUUCAAUCAUUCUGGGUUUUUUUUGACUUUACAAAUAACUGAAAUUCUGUCAGGUUGUUGCACUGUAUCUCCAGACCUCACUCAGUGAGUAAACAGUAUGUUCUCGCAAUUAUUGCGCUGUGAAGGACUCUCAUUUCAUCGUGCAAUAACUUCUCUCUGCCCGUGCCAGUGAAAUAGAGACUCAUGUCAAAUUGAAUUUUGGCCGAUCAUUUUCAGUUUUUGAAAAUGCCGUCCUGCAUAAACGUUUAUCAACUUUCUAAAUACUUACUUUACAAAAAAGUUAAAAUGACACAAAGUACAGUUCUUAACCUGAUACGUUCACAGCAGUUAAAAGGCCAUGACUUGAGCCAUCGUGUUAGUGUGUCCAUUCAUCCCACUUCUGCAAAAAAUGCAACAAAAACAUGCACUUGGGACUCAAACGUGACAUGUUUAGGUUUUGGAAUUUGAAAGUCAAGAAGGUCACUGGAACCUCACAUCUCUUCCAUUGUUUAACACUCAUAUGUAACAUUUACAAGAAACAGUGACAUACAGAAAUUAUAUAUCAGGAGAGCCUGCAUGGCAUGUCAUGACAUCUGACACAAGCAUCCACUUGAAGUGGUUAACAUGUGUUGGUCAAAUCAAUGUCAAAGUCACAAAAAUCACCAUUACUUAACGUAUUACUGUAACAGAGAGCAUUGGCAGUACUAUUUUUUCUGCACAUACUAUCAGUCAAGUGAGUAAUUAAUGUGAACACUGUUUUCAGUAAACAACCUCCAGGGUUGAAAUAUGUGAACUUGUCUUAACUAUAAGAGUCUUUUGCUGAAAAGUCAGUUAUUCUAAAGUGAAGCACGCCUUUUCAUUGUCCUGUUGCCAGUAAACUAACUAUAAAAAUGCUAUUUUACUCUACUUGUGUCAUAAGCUGUUGCAUAUUUGUUAUUUUUCAUUCCGUCGUGUAAUAUUUUUUUAUAUAUAUAUUUGUACAAAUCAGAUGAUUUAAUGGGGUAUAAAUGAUAGAUGUUUUUAUAGCGAAAUGAAAACUUCAGUAUUUAGAGUGGUGAUUGUAACUCAGAGUGAUGUCGAAUACUGAAACGGAGAUGUUUGGCAUGAGAUAUGAAUGAAUAUUCAUUAUUUUAUCUCUAAAUAAUGAUAGCAGCUACCAUUAAAAUUCACAAUGUGCACGUUAAUCACAAAACUGCUUAAUAUGUCACGUAUUUUAUUUUUUUUUAUGCCUAAAAAGUUGUGACAUUUGUACAUUCUGAAUUUUAGUCGUGGUCGUGUUAAAUCCUGUAUUUGAAAAGAAUGCCUCCUGCAGUCCCAUUGAUUUGUCCGUCUGUUUGCUUUUCUCGACACUGUUUGUUUAAGCAAGUUUCAGCUGAGAGCACUGUGUGUAGCACUGUGUGUUGGUUCUCUAUCAAACAAAGCACAGAAAACCCAAACCGACUUUGCCUUGGCUCACUGAGAGCACCUCGGGAAAAGUAAAUCAAAUAAAGAAAACGGUAUCAACUGA